UCGACGGUAUUGGCGUAUCAGAUACUCCUAUAUAGCAGGUCUUCUAAAAUCAUUUUCAGCCAUCACGGUCAUCUCUCAUCCCUAUUCCAUCGCCAUCAUUAUCAUACAGACGCACGUAUAUGCUGUCCCGAUGUUUGCAAACCGUGGUAAGUUGCAUUUCGAAGAAAGCCCUACGCGUAACUGGGCGUACUAUGCAACUGAGCCGCACGCGCUCCCUGAAAACCUUCCCCGAUGAAAUUUAUCCACUGCGAGAAGACGCACUAAAUCCGAGAUAAUCCAGCUCGUUGACUGCUCAGAAGGCGGAGUAGUGCACAGAAAUGCCUUCUCCCGAUGAACCCCAUCAGCAAAAACUUGUCUUUGCUCAACGAAAACGACAGAUCCUGGAUGAGCUGAACUCCCCGCUGCCGGAUCUAAGUCCCAAAGGUGGUCCGGAUGUUCAGAUACUGCCGCUGCUCGAGCUGAUUAACCGGCACGAAGACCUGGUCAGUACCUCCUCGUGUGCGGGACGGGUAGCUGUGUAUGCUGAAGGUGUGAGGGCGAAGGGUGUGGGUAAAAACGGCGCAGGGCGACGUGGUGAUGAUGGUGACGACGAACAAGUCAACGACGACGACGAAGAGCUGGCGCAGGCGCCGGCUGUCUUGGUCGGCGGCAAAGGUAGCGGAGGACGAUGGCUCUAUGUGACACACGAUGCCCCGCUUGCACAGCCAGAUUUUGGCAAGACAUGGAGCGAGUUUUUGUACGGAGGCCUGAAAACUACCACGGUAGGUACCGACGCGGAUCCGCGCGAUACUCUACAACGACGAUAUGUGCACUUCAAGUUCGAGCCACUGAUUCUGCAUGUGCUCUGCGCGGACUACGCCGUCGCCAUGAAACUGCUCGGUAUAGCACUCGCAGCCGGCUUCCGCGAGUCGGGCUACAACGGCAACAUCCUCGCGAUCCGCUGCUCCUUGCGCAUCGACUCCCCUGUCGGUUUCCUCUCUCCUGACGACGAAGACGCGGUAGUCCCUCUCGUUGACGACACAUAUCUCGCGCAUCUGAUGGCUAUGGCAUCCGAGCGGUUUACAGAAAACAAAAGACGGACGGACAGACUGUUUGCGAGUAUAGAAAAGAGUAUGGGAUUACACCCCGACGCAGCAAAAGUUGAGUCGAAAGAGGAACGGCGGAUACGGAAGAGGGCGGAGGGUCUGCGGAAGCAGCAGGAGAUGCUGCGAGAGCAGACUUUGAAACAGGAGCAUGAGCAGUAG